AUGGGCGACUCAGAAGCCCUGGAGCCAUACCGCCUUACCGGUCCUAAGAGAGACAUAUUGGACCAAUGCUUCACAAACGCCCCCGCACCAAAUGAGAUGUUACAGACACAUCAAAGACGACCCAUGCCGUCCAAGCUGCGUGGCAAACUUGAUGAGAUGUUAAUUCCAUCAGAAGAAAUGAAAGAAGCCACAUACCGGAGCAUCAGUCGCGCGUGGGAGGAGUACGCAGCCGGCGGCGAGAACCCUAGCGCUUUCAUGCGAUCACCGACUGGAGCGCCUUACAAGAUAGUCUCCAUCGAAGGCAAAGGCCGCGGUGUCGUUGCAACCCGCGAAAUCAAAGCUGGCGAGAUCGUCUUGCAGGAGUCGCCUGUCCUGGUGAUGCCAUACGGCGAGUUCAUGCCUCCACUCUUACUCCUCUUGCCCAAGGGAGCCUUGGAGGCUAUCUUGCUCUUGCACAACGCUCAACCUGAUGAGACACCGUUCACAAAGACGAUGGAUAUUGCUCAUCAUCGUCUUCUUGAUGCAGUCGUGGGUUGCGUAAACUCUAAUGCAUUCGAAGGUGAGGCUUCAUUUGGCCAAAUUGGAAUGGUUCUUUUGACUGGGUCCAUGUUCAAUCACGAAAGCCACUCAAACGUCAGGAGGCAUUGGGAUCAACAGCUGGAGCAGAUGGUGUUCAAGACCGUUCGAGAUGUCAAGGAGGGCGAGGAGUUCACGGUCUAUUACUCCGGCUCUGCAGAGAAUCUGAGGAAGUACGGCAUCUGA